GAGCGGUCUAAGGCGCUGUGUUCAGGUUCGAUUCGAACUAGUAACGAUUCGCAGUCUCGAAAGGGGCCUGGGUUCGAAUCCCAGUCUUGUCAUUUUUGCGAUUCCUCACUACUAGACCUUUCUUUUUAUUUUGAUAGAAUUGCUGAGUUCUGUCUCCUGUAGGUGAAAACUUUGCCGCGGACAGCUAAAUCAAGUGGCAUCCUGUUGCCUUAUGGCGCAGGCAGUUGUUGUUUUGUACCCAAUUGCUCUAAUAAGUCGAGAAAAGCUUUUGAUUUGAACAUAUCCUCUUGCCAUGGCCUUCCGUAGUCUUCUGACUUUGACAGAUUCCCAGAAGCCAAUAUAGAGGUCCAUAUGUAUUGCCUUUAGAUUGCAUGGUUUGCUAUAGUGUUCCUUCAGACAAGAGAAGGAAUGUUGCCGCCUUGUAAUCUAGUUCUUUCACUAUGCCUCUUUUUUAUUCAGAGUAAUUCUGUACUCAACAUGUCCUCGAUUUCGAAAAAACAAAAAGAGCUUCCUGCUCACUCUUGGCUGACCGCUUCAGUCUUGUGCGUUCGAGGCAGGUUGCAGUGCAUGAGAAGACGACUCUGUCCGGAAUGCUUAACAUCCGAAAGCAUCCUCGGCUAACCACGCAAUACCUUGGUUUAUAGGAUAUGAAGUAGCAUCUAAUAUCCUUCAAGUUUCUCCUCUCCGGCUAUUGAAAGGCGGUUAUGUUCGGGCCAAGUCUGUUCGUGAUGAAAAGUAGUAUCUGAUAUUGAAUGAGACGUAGAAAACAUACGAUGUUCAAGCUUCGGAGAACAACUUCCAGAUCUAAACGCAGAAAACACGGAGAUGAAUAAAACAACCGUUUCGUC